UAUAAAUUCCAGCCGCUCCAUCACUCACUCAACUCACAGCAAUACAGCUUCUCGAUCCUCCACAGCAGAACCAAGUGAUCAUCUAACUGUUUCUUGCGACCUCAGUUCUAGCACUUCCAGUUUCGCGGCUAGCUGCAGAUUAAUCCAUGGCGACCAUUAUGUCCACCACGAGCUCCUUCGCCGGCGCCACCGCCUUGCCCCGUGCCGCCGCCGGUAGCUUCGCCGCGGCACGAUCACCUCUCCGCCCACGCACAACAUCCUUCGUCGUCAGGGCCCAGAACGACAAGGAGCCCACGCCCAACAGGCCCGCGGCCUCGAUCUGGGACAUCCUGUCGUUCAGCGGGCCGGCGCCGGAGCGGAUCAACGGCCGCCUCGCCAUGGUGGGCUUCGUGACGGCGCUGGGCGUCGAGGCGGGCCGCGGCGACGGGCUGCUCUCGCAGCUGGGCAGCGGGACGGGCCAGGCCUGGUUCGCCUACACGGUGGUCGUGCUCUCCGUGGCGUCGCUGGUGCCGCUGCUGCAGGGCGAGAGCGCCGAGGCCAGGGGCGCCGGCAAGGUCAUGAGCGCCAACGCCGAGCUCUGGAACGGCCGCUUCGCCAUGCUCGGCCUCGUCGCGCUCGCCGCCACCGAGGUCCUCACCGGCGCGCCAUUCGUCAACCUCUGAAGAGACUCUUAGCGUUAGCGUUAGCGGUAGUAUGGCUGUCGUACUUGUUUGAGUGGCAGCGUCGAAAUUUGUGAACUAGCUCAUGUUGUAUGUAUGCUGAUCAAUAAUAGAUGACACCUUCUUUCUCCAAUGAA